UGACUACUUGGCACCUAAAUCUGGAACCGUUUGUGUGGGGCUUCACAUUCCGGCUAGCUGCUUCAAUAUCAUAUAGCAGACGAGCUUGCUAGAUCAUGUUUUUAUUUUACUGGGUUUACUUUUUUUAGAAAACAGAAGUGUAUGUUAAUCCAAUUCCGAUUUAACGUGGUCUGUAGUUUAUUUAUUCGUGGGAAAAGUUGUUUUUUUUGUGACGUGGAGCGUGACGAAUUCUCACUAUCCCUGCCUGGGCCUUCGGAUUUGUGAAAUGAAUCUGACAGACUCCGGGGAAAUAAGACAUAUAAACCUAACCGGUACUGUGAAUUUUCUUACUUACAAUUGUAUAGUACAGUAAUACUUACCCAAUGAGCCAGUAGUCAUUUACAACAUUUUCAAAACGUUAAAUAAUAAAACUUUAUUUAUAGCACAUUCAUGACAGCGUAUGGUUCAUUAACGGGUAAUUAAGUAUGCGUGUUAACUUAUAUUUAUAACUUUAGAUUGGAUUCCUGGGCGUGUAAAAAAAAAGUAAAAAAACAAUUUGGCUUGAUUACGAAACAUCCGCUUGCGUUUGAAUGCCCGUAGGCGCCGAGUCAGAAAACAGGGAAUUUCUCCUCAGUCACAUGAUUGGGGUGCGGUAGCAGGAGGGAUCAGCGAGUCUGACGCUUUGUCCUGCAUACCUGUCCACAUCACCAAACCGGCUUACUGUAAGUUUACUGAAUCACACAGGAAAGACCGACGAUUUACAUGCUCGCAUUGGAACUGGGAAACAUAAAAUAUAUAUAUUUGAAUUAUAAAACAACAACAAGGAGAAAGUCUAAUAUUAGUUAAAUAUGAAAUGUUUGCGUUUAAAGUAGAUCCAACUUUUGAUUAGGGAGAAAACGUGUUUUUUCUUAUAACACUACUAAAAAAUAUACCGGUACAUGAAACCAGAAAGUGGUUUUUGAUUGCAAUUGCAAGUAUACAUACCGGUGCAUAUAUUUAAAAUAUAGGAUCUGUGGGAAACAUCUGGAUUUUACUAAAUAGGAUUUUAUUUAUUUAUUUAUUUAUUAUUUAUACAACCUUUAGUUUUAGUUACAGACUUUAAAAAUGGCUUUGUCUCAGCUACAGUGUCUGGAUAAUAACCAUGUAAACUUGCGGUCCAACGAAUCCAAGCCCGAGUUUUACUACAGCGAGGAACAGAGGCUAGCUCUCGAAGCUUUGUUGGCGAGUGGACCUGACGCUUUCCAAGAAGUUAUUAAGAAGCACAAUAUUCGGGACUUUUUAUCAGAACCCGAGCUUCAUCGGAUUUGCAAGAUGGUGGAGACUUACCAACCAGGCUCUGAAAAUGUCAAAGGAGACAAUGAAAGCGGCAAUGAGCAGAGCCGAGCCGUGUCCCUGCAAUACUGGCCGGACAAAACUGAUAUUUCGAUCCCGGAACUGGAUAUUGGAUGGCCGGAUUGUGAGUCUUAUCGUGGAGUGACCAGAGCAAAUGUCUAUAUGCAGCCACCCAUGGAGGGACAGACGCACAUCAAAGAAGUAGUCAGGAAAAUAAUCUUUCAGGCACAGAAGGUCAUAGCUUUAGUCAUGGAUCUGUUCACUGAUGUGGAUAUUUUUAAAGAUAUGCUGGAUGCAGGUUUCAAGAGAAAAGUCGCAGUCUACAUCAUACUGGAAGAGACCAACGUUCCUCUUUUCCUGCAGAUGUGUGAAAAGGCAGGGAUACACUCCGGCCACCUGAAGAACUUGAGAGUGCGCAGUAUUGGCGGGACAGAGUUUUACACUCGUUCAUCGCUGAGAGUCCGAGGCUCAAUGAGCCAGAAGUUUAUGUUUGUCGAUGGAGACCGGGCUGUGUCAGGCUCGUACAGCUUUACGUGGACUGCAUCCAGAAUGGACAGAAACCUCAUCACUGUCCUUACAGGACAGGCUGUGAACACUUUCGAUAAGCAGUUCCGAGAGCUCUACUUGAACUCCAAAGAAGUGAACUUCAAUACUAUUCAUCUAGUGGGAGAACCAGAGUCUGAACCUGUCCCACAGGCAGCCCCGCCACCUGUCCAAUCCGCCGAAGUAGCACGAAAGAUGAUCAGCCCCAAAUAUGCCUUUCUCAUGGCUAGUAAGCAGGAGACUGCCUCCGAAACAUCUUCCAAAAAGAACAGCGACAAAGCCAAAGCAGUUCCGGAACCUGUCAAGGUCAAAGAGGAACCUCUGUCAGUCCACCCAGGACUUCUCUACCUUGAACGAGCCUACAUGAUUGAUUAUGUACCAACAUGGCCAGAGCCUGAUCCCCCAAGCGACGUCAUUGGCUUUAUUAACAUCAGAGACUCGAAGAAACCCAAUCAGGCUCACCUGAUGAGGUCAGAACUCUUUGAAACAUCGCAAGCAAUACGAUUCAAAGAACCUUUUACUCCAGCGCAACAUCCAGACAAACAGCAUCAACCCGCUCCUCAGAAAACAAAGGUAGCCACGCAUUCUGACAAGGUCCUGGAGCCUGUAAGCAGUGCUAAAGUGAAAAAGAACAAUGACGUGCAUGCACCAAAAACUGAAUCCAAACCUCUGACAAAUGAACAACCAAAAAAACAAAACUGCCAGGACAAGCCGACCCCACCGGUACCAAAACCCAGAACUGUUCAAUUAGUAUUAAACAGUAGUUCCCCUGAUUCUCCAGAGAGUGUCAGUAUUGUCCCCAAACCUAACAAAGUGUUAGACACUCCACCAGCUUUAAAUGAAAAUCUGGAUAUUGCAGAGGUUUCUAACAAAACUCACAAUGCAGUCAGUCCAAAAACAGAAGAACAGAAAGAAUCAGAAACUGAACUUGAUCUGGCAGUCUGUACAGUGGACAGUAUUGAAACUCGUGCAGAAGAGGAGGAGGGGGCGGUGGAAGAGAGCAGUGGUGAUGACAUUACCUCCAGUGAAUUUGUCAAUCAUGUCAAUGAUGAGUCAAGUAUUUCUUCAGCCUCCGAGGAAUGUUUUGAAAUCAAUGACUCUGACAGUGGGCUCCAAGGAGCGAAGCAUAAGCAUACCUACAAUGGUGUGAGUCACCAUGAGCCAGAGGCUGCACACCAGAUGGCCAGGUUCUCGCAGUCUUUGGUGGACUUGCGGCUUGAGUCCCAAAAGAGGUUGGAUGAUCACCAGGAACGAGCCAGCAAAGCGUUAGAAGAUAUUGGAAGAGUCUUGGAGAAAAGUCAGAAACUCCCUGUAAUUGAUCGUCCGUAUUACGGAGGUGGUAGGAAGAAAACGGCUUUCAGAAGGCGGGCAGUUUGCAAAGACGUUGCAACUGACAGAGCACUACGCAAUACGUGUAAUUUGCGCCAAUGCAUCAUUUCCUUAGCAACGGGCUUAGCGACCACGAACCCAUCCAAGCAAACCAGCAACAUGGCGUUGCCACAGAAGCAGAUGUAUCAGAUGUCGGACGGUGAAAACCGGCUGGCAAGAGGCCCGGUAAAAGUGGUGAUCGCAAAACCUGGCAGCUACCACCGGCCCACCAAGAGAACAGCGCCAGUCAUCGGAGGGCACAAGUAUUGGCAGGGCAAAGCGUACAGUUCAGCCAAGAUGGGGCCUGGCUUCUCUCUUUCCCAUGUCAAGUCAAACAGUGGGCACAGCUCUCCCAACGGACUAAUCCAGGACAGGGUGCCAGUAGACAGCUCCAGGACACCCUUCGGAAUCUCCUUUUCCAAACUGUCCCAGAUCAAACAUCUGAGGAACAAAAUCCCACAAAAGAGGAUGCCCCUGGACCCCUGACACAAACCAGUUGCUAACUAGAAGAAUGGUUUUAAAAGCAUCGUCUGAUGUGUUUUUUCUAAUACAUAUUUAAGAUAUUUAAACAGGGUAGACACACUGAGAAGCAAAAUCUCUUUUUUAGGGAUGUUAUUGUGUGCCCUUUUUUUAUAGUGGCUAGGGGAAAUUGAAUGGUUGUUUAAUUUUUGUAAGGCUCAGAAAUAAAGGUGUUGUGAAUGCAGGAGAAUAUAGGGCUUAUUGUCAAUGAACUGUGCACUUGCCUGGUCAGUGCACCAAUACCAUGUUGCAAGGAUGGUGAGGCCAAAGGUCAUGCCGGUCCAGGGAAGGUCGCCUGCCACCGGGUCUCUGAACAGGUGCAUGGCGUCGGCUCGCGGCAGGUGGCAGGUUGUGUUCGGGAUGAUCUUUGCGGGUAUUGCAUUCAAGUAGACUUUCUCCAGAUUGUGAUAGCCGUCGAUUUUGUUAAAUGCUGUCGGAGAGAGACAUUUUUCAUAUGGUUGGCUGAGAAUAGUUAACACAAUUUUUAGGACUGAUAUGCAGAAUGUGUUCUUAUGAUGAGACCUAUCAUGGCAAAAGACUUUCUGGUGAUAAUUAAGCUACAAGGGGAAAUUCCUAUGAAGCUUACCAAAAAAAAAAAAAUUGGAUUAUCAGGCAAUGAUAUACCACACACAUGUGUUUACAUGAAAAACUGGUAUGUAUUUGGGUAUAAAAGCAAGACAAUUCCAACACAUAAUUUGUAUCGAUUUUCAUUUUUCUGCCUGUCAUCUCUCUGAAUUAAACGGUUUGUAUUUAAGUUAA